GAGUUCUGGAAGCUGCAGGGCUACUGUUCUUAGUAAAUUUAUGAGUUGGGUAGUACCAGAGUUUCCAUUAUAUAUUGAUGAUAAUCUAUGACCUUCCAUGAUUUAAUAUUGAUGGAUGUUGCAAGCCCGAAAGUGAAUCCUCCGGUACCUAGUCCCUUCUCAUCUCCAAAUGUCGCUGCUUUGCUCAAGAUCAAAAUCAUUGCAUGGAGCCAAGAGACUGGUUUGCCAGUGUCGGUUCGAGUGCUGGUUGAUGAUAAAGUUUUUGAACUGCACAAGUACCCUUUGCUCUCAAAGAGUGGAUACUUCAAGAAGGCAUUGAAUGGAACAGCAGAGCUAGAGCUACCACAUAAUUUUCCUGGAGGAUCCAAAGUGUUUGCGAUGAUUGCUUUGUUUAGCUAUGGUUUUUCAGCACCAAUAGACCCCUUCAAUGUAGCAGCCCUACGAUGUGCUGCAGAGUUUCUCGAAAUGACAGAAGAUUACGAUUGUGGCAACCUCUGUGAGCGUACAGAUUUGUAUCUGAACCAAGUUGCAUUACAGAGCUGGGAUGAUACACUUAUUGUCCUUCAAAAGUGCCAGACACUACUCCCAUGGUCUGAAGAGCUCUUGAUUGUGAGCCGUUGUCUUGAGUCCCUAGCUUUCAUGGCUUGCAUGGAGAUUCUUGAUCCAGAACGGAGACGUGAAAGGCCCGUUGUAACAUUAGAUGCCUUGGCAAAUCGAGCUUGGAGCUUUGAGGCUGUGAAGGAAAUUGCAGGCCAGGAUCUUUGGAUCAAAGAUCUCAUAGCUCUACCAUUUGAAUUUUUCAAAAGGAUAAUUGGGUCCUUAAGAAGACAGGGAAUGAAGGAGAAGUAUGUGAGUCCCCUAAUAGUCUUCUAUGCAAACAAAUGGGUUCUUUCAAAGAAGACCAAUCAGUUUUGGUUGAAUAUGGAUGAAAGUGAUGGAGCUGUGGAUUCGAACAAUAAGGUUUCUGCCAUACUACAAGGUAUACUUGAUUUGCUGCCCAUGGGAAAAAAGGCCAGCAGAGUAAUUCCGAUCGGGUUCUACUUUGCUUUACUUUCUAAAGCUAUUAAUAUCGUCGGUCUAAGAAGUGAAAGCAAGACAGCGUUGCAAGAUCAGAUCGUUUCUCUAUUGCAGAUGGCACAGGUGGAUGAUUUUUUGCUUCCAGGAAGUGGCAUAGAAGCUAUUUCAUCCAGCAUGGAAUUGGUUACCAUGGAGAGCAUAGUUUCAUCCUAUGUAUCACUAUCAUCAAACCAAGAGACAAACAUUGUUGCAGAACUGUGGGACAGUUACCUUUCUCGAAUAGCUUCAGAUCCAAAGAUGGGGCCAAGAAGAUUCAUGGAUCUUAUUGAGAUCAUACCAAUUUCUGAUAGACAGAACCAUGAUCAUCUCUACAGAGCAAUGAGCAACUACCUAUCGGAGCACCUGAAUUUAUCCCAAGAAGAGAAAGCAUCGGUCUGUAAAUACCUUAACUGCCAGAAGCUAUCACAAGAGACUUGCAUUGAAGCUGUUCAAAAUGAAUUCUUGCCAUUGCGUCUGAUUGUCCAAGCACUAUUUGUUCAGCAACUAAACACACACAAGGCCUUCAAAGAUUGUUCCGACUCAUUCAGGUAUGUGACUUGUGGAGAUCUCUCAGGAAGUCUUUCCAGCUCAAUAUUUCCAAACACCAAUAGCCAGAACCUAGGAGAUCACAGUCCAUACAAAGAAGCAGUUGGAGAAUCCAAUAGUAGGCCUUUGGGUUUCUUGCUACAAAAGGAUGUCAUCUCAAGAAAGGAUUAUGAGUCCACAAGCUUCAGGAUUCAAAACCUUGAACAGGAACUCAUGUCACUGAAAAGAAGCCUUCGGUGGCAAAUGGUGUCGAAGGAAUCAGAGCCAACUUGUGUCAAACCACAGAGCAUUAGUCCAUAUGGUUUGGAGGGUAGAACAAUGAGUAAGAAGAAGAAUCCUCUUGGACAAGUAACCAGCUGUAUUGGUUCUGUAAGUUUUGCUUCUCAAAGAAAGUAUGCCAAUAGCUUACUUAAGGUCUUUCGGAGGUUGGUCUUGUUGGGCAAAGGCAAAUCCAAGACAAAGAAAAGCCCCUCUAGCCUAUGGACCAAGUAAAUGUAGC